GCCGAUGAAGUUACUCGUAAUUUGGGUUCCUGCAUCCAUUCUACUUGUUGCGCUUUUGGCGUACAUGUCAACAACGAGCAGCACAAACGACUGCAGGAGCUUAGUGACUGUAAUUGAUAACCAGGACAAGAGCGAGGUGGAUAAACACGACAUUCAGGAAGGAAAGAAUGAUCUCCCUUCUACCACUACAUGGAAACCCUGUACAUUUGACGUCUGCUUCAACCUAGAGAAAUGUCCACUCACUGACCCAUUCGCCGCCUAUGUGUACGAUGAUCUGCUUGUGUCUUCUUCGAACGAAAAUCCAUUUUCUCCUCAACUUUUAGUAGAUGUUUUGAAGGAGACAGGUUCAUACACCUCUGACCCUGCUAAAGCAUGUGUGUUUUUCGGUAUUCUUUGGAACACAGAGAGUGCAAGAGAAAACGUUGGCCACCUGGAGACACAAAUUCACUCCCUGGCACAGUGGGGGGAAUAUGGCGAAAACCACGUUCUGGUUGAGCUGUCCACUGACCAGAGCCCUGCCAGCAGCAUGCUGGAAGGUGUUUCAACAGGAAAGGCUAUCAUUGCACGGAGUGUCGUCUCACCAGCCAAGCCGUUCCGCACAGGCUUUGACAUCCUUCUCCCUCCACUCAGGACGGCAGACGCAGACUCAAUGGAUUUGCUAUCUCCUCUCCUUCCUGUCUCCAGAGAGACUUUUAUUCACUUCCACGGAGAAUACUCUCCACCUCAACACCCAGGCCCUGGUGCUAUCACUCCAAAUCACAUCAGAAGUCUCCAGCAGCUCUUACAAGGUAAAGAGGGAGUGGACAUUCAGCUCCAGUGCCAACAGCCGACAACCGGGAAGACAGAAGGGGCAAGGGAGGGGCAGUGGAUGUUGUGUGGAGACCAGAAAUCUCGACUUAAGCUUUGUUCCAAGUCUAUGUUCUCCCUCGUCCCAAGUCCAGGUGGACCUAACGCUGGAACAGGAGUCGGAAUCUAUACUAGACUGAUAGAGUCUCUGAUGUGUGGCUCUAUACCAAUUGUCAUUGGAGUAGGGGUUCUCCCAUUCGACGGAGUAAUUGACUGGAGUCGGGCAGCACUCAUUGUUCCUUCUGGCAGGUACUCUGAUAUCCCCUACAUCCUGCGAAGUGUUUGUUCAGGUGACAUUCAGAACUUUAGACUCAAGGGCCGGCAUUUGUGGCACACAUACUUCAGCUCUCCCCUGAAGGUUGUUCAGGUUGCUGUAGCAAUAGUGAGGUCACGGACUCUCCACCCACCUCCCCCUGCUCAUGAUUUUGGUGGGAAACAGCUCCUUUACCUCCCGGCUCCCAAUCACAAGCAGAUUACCUCCCCUUUCUUCACCAAUAAUUUCACUGCCUACUCGUCGAGUUUCUGGAAUGAUAUCCCAGGUCCCCUGUUUUCCUACCCUUCAUCCCCCUUCAAUCCUGGGUUGCACUUCAGCAGAUUGAACGAGGUCGCAAUUGCUCACAAUGAGUCGCAGUCAGUGGACGGAAGAGCUGCCAUAGAGUCAACUUUCAAGGAAAAUCUUCUUGUGAAUGAGCAGUUUACUGUGGUAAUAAUGACGUACAAAAGGAACGAAGUACUGAUGGAGGGGCUGGCAAUACUGAAAGGGAUUCCUUCCCUGAACAAAGUGGUAAUUGUCUGGAACAAUGAGGAGGACCCGUCUGUUGACCUCAAGUGGCCCGAUAUUGGAAUACCUAUUGUGGUUGUUCGUGGUAAAGGUAACAGUUUGAACAAUAAGUUUCUGCCUUACAAAGAGAUAGAGACCGAAGCUGUGUUGGAACUCGAUGAUGAUGUCCUUAUAGCUCCUGAGGAGAUCGAAUUUGGUUUCAGAGUUUGGUGUGAAAAUCGGGAUCGGAUGGUAGGGUUUCUUGGUCGCAAUCACAUAUAUAAUUUUAAGGACAAGAAGUGGAGCUACAGCUAUGGAAAUGGUGAAUGCAAGGUGUCCAUGGUGAUUACUAGCAGCAGCUUCAUUCACAAGACCUAUAUGUACCUGUACUCCUACUCGAUGCCAAAAGAAGUGAGGGAGAUGGUGGACCGCAUCAAGGACUGUGAAGACAUUGCCAUGAACUUCCUUGCUGCACAUCUCUCCAGAAAACCACCCGUGAAAGUUCCUACAAAAUAUUUUUUUGACUGUACUGGCCGAUGCAAACACAAUCUCUCCAAGAAAGGGGGGUGGAUGAAGGAGCGCAGUUUCUGCAUUGAGUUCUUAACUCGUAUUUAUGGUUACCUACCUCUUCUCUACACCACGUCUCGUGCU